CUUCUGGCUUCCCCUCCCGUCGGAGCCCAAGAUGAUGUUUCCCCAUAUUUCAAGACAGAGCCGGUGCGUACCCAAGUCCAUCUGGAGGGGAACCGUUUGGUCUUGACCUGUAUGGCGGAAGGCAGCUGGCCUCUGGAGUUCAAGUGGCUGCACAACAACAGGGAGCUAACCAAAUUCUCCUUAGAGUACAGGUACAUGAUCACAUCCCUGGACCGUACUCAUGCCGGCUUUUACCGAUGCAUCGUGCGCAAUCGCAUGGGAGCCCUGCUGCAAAGGCAGACAGAAGUGCAGGUGGCAUACAUGGGGAGCUUUGAAGAGAGUGAGAAGCAGCAGAGUGUCUCGCAUGGAGAAGCUGCUGUCAUCCGUGCUCCCCGAAUUGCCAGCUUCCCUCGCCCCCAGGUCACAUGGUUCCGUGAUGGACGCAAAAUUCCCCCCAGCAGCCGCAUAGCCAUCACGCUGGAGAACACUCUUGUGAUCUUGUCGACAGUAGCACCCGAUGCUGGAAGGUACUAUGUGCAGGCUGUGAAUGACAAGAAUGGAGACAAUAAAACCAGUCAACCCAUCACACUAACUGUGGAAAAUAUAGGUGGCCCAGCGGAUCCCAUUGCACCGACCAUCAUUAUUUCACCUCGCAACACUAGUGUAAUUACCGGCACCUCAGAGGUGAUCCUGGAGUGUGUGGCCAAUGCCAGGCCCCUCAUCAAGUUGCACAUCAUCUGGAAGAAGGAUGGGGUUCCUGUGUUGAGCGGCAUCAGUGACUAUAACCGGCGCCUAACCAUCCUCAAUCCCACUUUGAGCGACAGCGGCUAUUAUGAAUGCGAGGCUGUGCUGCGAAGUAGCAGUGUGCCUUCUGUGGUGCGGGGAGCCUACCUCUUUGUGCUGGAGCCACCUCAGUUUAUCAAAGAGCCAGACAGGCACAUCACUGCUGAGAUGGAGAAGGUGGUGCAGGUUCCUUGCCAGGCCAAAGGUGUCCCUCCACCCAGCAUGUUCUGGUACAAGGAUGCAGCCCUGCUUGAACUGGAGAAGCUCUCUCGUUUCCAGCUCCUCGCCAAUGGGAGCCUGCAGAUCAGAGGGCUGGUGCCAGAUGAUACGGGCAUGUUCCAGUGCUUUGCUCGCAAUGCCGCUGGCGAGGUGCAAUCCUCCACGUACCUAGCCGUCACCAGCAUUGCACCCAACAUAACGAAAGGCCCUCUGGACAGCACCGUGAUUGACGGGAUGGCUGUGGUGCUCAGCUGUGAGACUUCAGGGGCUCCCAGACCUGCCAUCACCUGGCAGAAAGGGGAGCGAAUCCUGGCUAGUGGCUCAGUGCAACUUCCUCGUUUUACACUGCUGGAGUCAGGCAGCCUCCUGAUCAGUCCUGCGCGGAUCUCAGAUGCUGGCAGCUACACUUGCCUGGCCACCAACUCCCGUGGUGUUGACGAGGCAUCCGCUGAACUUGUUGUCUGGGCCCGGACACGCAUCACCAACCCCCCUCAGGAUCAGAGUGUCAUCAAAGGCACCAAGGCAUCUAUGACCUGUGGAGUGACCAAUGACCCCAGUGUAGUAGUCCGGUUCAUAUGGGAGAAGGAUGGCGUGGCAUUAAAUGUGGAGAACGUGCCACGCAUGCGGCUGGAUAAUACGGGCACUUUGCACAUUGCCCAGACCUGGUCAGGCGACAUUGGCACCUACACCUGUCGGGUGGUGUCUGCUGGAGGCAACGACUCUCGCAGUGCCCACCUGCGAGUCCGGCAGCUUCCCCAUGCACCAGAAAACCCCAUUGCUGUGCUGAGCGCUAUAGAGAAACGUGCCAUCAACUUGACAUGGACCAAGCCCUUUGAUGGAAACAGCCCACUGCUGCGCUACAUCCUUGAGGUCUCCGAGAACAAUGCUCCCUGGACAGUGCUGAUGGCCAGUGUGGACCCGGAAGUAGUCUUGGUGCUGGUGAGAGGCCUGGUUCCUGCCCGCUCCUACCAGUUCCGGCUCUGUGCUGUCAAUGAUGUGGGCAAAGGCCAGUUCAGCAAGGACACAGAGAGGGUUUCCCUUCCUGAGGAACCACCCACAGCACCCCCCCAGAAUGUCAUUGCUAGUGGCCGCACCAACCAGUCCAUCAUGAUCCAAUGGCAGCCGCCGCCAGAGAACCACCAGAAUGGCAUCCUCAAGGGCUACAUUAUCAGAUUUUGCCUGGCUGGCCUCCCCGUUGGCUACCAGUUCAGGAACAUCACCAACGCCGAUGUCAACAACCUACUACUGGAGGAUCUGAUCAUUUGGACCAACUACGAAAUUGAGGUGGCAGCAUACAACAGCGCUGGCCUGGGUGUCUACAGUUCCAAAGUCACUGAAUGGACUCUCCAGGGUGUUCCCACAGUGUCUCCAGGUAACGUGCAGGCUGAGGCCACCAACUCUACCACCAUACGUUUCUCAUGGAACCCACCCAGCCCCCAGUUUGUGAAUGGCAUCAAUCAAGGCUACAAGCUGAUUGCCUGGGAACCAGGACAAGAAGAAGACAUGACGAUGGUAACAGUGCGGCCUAACUUCCAAGACAAUAUCCACGUGGGUUACAUCCCAGGCCUCAAGAUGUUCACAGAGUAUUUUACUUCAGUGCUGUGUUUCACCACACCAGGCGAUGGACCCCGUAGCCCACCACAGCUGGUGCGCACCCAUGAGGAUGUUCCUGCUCCAGUCGGACACCUCGGCUUCAGUGAGAUCCUGGAUACAUCUCUGAAAGUCAGCUGGCAAGAGCCUCUGGAAAAGAAUGGCAUUCUGACAGGCUACCGGAUCUCCUGGGAGGAAUACAAUCGCACGAACACACGUGUAACACACUACUUGCCUAAUGUCACAUUGGAAUACCGUGUCACAGGCCUCACAGCCCUCACCACCUACACCAUUGAAGUGGCAGCUAUGACUUCCAAAGGACAGGGACAAGUGUCCUCCUCCACCAUUUCUUCAGGGGUUCCUCCAGAACUCCCAGGCCCCCCUACCAACCUGGGCAUCUCUAACGUUGGUCCCCGCUCAGUCACACUUCAGUUCCGCCCUGGUUAUGACGGCAAGACAUCCAUCUCCAGGUGGCAAGUGGAAGCUCAGGUUGGUCAAAUUGGUGAAAGCGAGGAGUGGACCCUUAUCCACCAGUUGCCUAAUGAGCCAGAUGCCCGCUCCAUGGAGGUACCCAACCUCAGUCCCUACACAUACUACAGCUUCCGAAUGCGACAAGUGAACAUUGUAGGCACCAGCCCACCUAGUCUGCCUUCCCGCAGGAUCCAGACAUUGCAGGCUCCACCUGAUGUUUCUCCUGCCAAUAUCACAUUACGCACUGCCAGUGAAACCAGCCUUUGGCUCCGAUGGAUGCCCUUGCCAGAAACAGGGUACAACGGCAGCCCCGAAUCGGUGGGCUACCGUCUGCGCUACUCACGCUUAGAUGGGCGCGGCCGCACACUGGCCCACACUAUCCAUGACCGCAUGGAGCGAGAAUUCACCAUUGAAGACCUGGAAGAAUGGACUGAAUACCGUGUGCAGGUGCAGGCCUUCAAUGCCAUUGGGCCCGGGCCAUGGAGUCAGACCGUGGUGGGGCGAACCCGGGAGUCAGUGCCUUCCUCUGGACCAACCAACAUCUCAGCCCUGGCUACCACCUCCACAUCUAUGCUGGUACGGUGGAAUGACAUACCUGAGCCUGACCGAAAUGGACUUGUUCUGGGCUAUAAGGUCAUGUAUAAAGAGAAGGAUUCAGACACAAGGCCCCAGUUCCAGGUGGUAGAGGGCAAUGCCUCAAGGAGUGCCCAGCUCACAGGCCUGGGCAAGUACGUCUUGUACGAGAUCCGGGUGCUUGCUUUCACCCGCAUUGGUGAUGGUGUGCCCAGCAAUCCACCCAUCCUUGAGCGCACAUUGGAUGAUGUGCCUGGGCCUCCAGUUGGCAUCCUCUUCCCUGAAGUGAGAACCACUUCUGUACGGCUCAUCUGGCAACCACCCACUGCUCCCAAUGGUAUCAUUCUGGCAUACCAGAUUACCCAUCGCCUCAACACCACCACUGCCAAUUCAGCCAGCGUGGAAAUACUCAACCCCAGUGCCCGGCAAUUUACAGCUACUGGUCUUAGACCUGAGUCCACCUACUUCUUCCGUAUCACAGCUCAGACCCGAAAGGGCUGGGGUGAGGCAGCAGAAGCACUGGUUGUCACCACUGAGAAGAGAGAUCGUCCGCAACCUCCAAGCAAGCCAGUGGUGCUGCAAGAGGAUGUCAAGGCAAGGAGCGUGUUGUUAUCUUGGGAACCAGGCAGUGAUGGUCUCUCACCAGUCCGUUAUUAUACUGUGCAAACACGGGAACUCCCCAAUGGGAAAUGGGUACUACAUUCUUCCUCUGUCAGCCAUAAUAGCACGUCCUUCAUAGUCAACAGGCUGAAGCCUUUCACCACCUAUAAAUUCCGGGUCAAGGCAACCAAUGACAUUGGCGAUAGCGAGUACAGUGAAGAGUCAGAGUCACUUACCACACUACAGGCCACCCCAGAGGAAGCUCCCACUAUCAUGUCUGUGACACCACACACCACCACAUCGGUGCUGAUCCGUUGGCAGGCUCCAUCAGAAGACAAAAUCAAUGGGAUCUUGCUAGGUUUCCGCAUCCGCUAUCGGGAGCUGACAUACGAAGGGGUGCGGGGCUUCACUGCACGCAGCAUCGGCAAUCCCAAUGCAAAAUGGACAGAACUGACCCCAAUGUACGCCAUGCGGAACCUGACCGAAGCCUCCCUCACGCAGUACGAGCUGGACAACCUCAACAAGCACCAUCGCUAUGAGAUCCGAAUGAGCGUCUACAAUGCUGUGGGCGAGGGGCCCACCAGCUCACCACAGGAAGUCUUUGUUGGGGAGGCUGUACCCACAGCUGCACCACAGAAUGUGGUCAUUCAGAGUGCCACAGCCACCCAGCUCGACAUCGCAUGGGAUCCUCCACCUCCUGAGGCACAGAAUGGAGACAUCCAAGGCUAUAAGAUCUAUUUUUGGGAGGCUCAGCGGCAGAAUGAAACUGAACGGGUGAAAACGCUCUUCCUGCCAGAGAAUGGUGUCAAACUCAAGAAUCUGACUGGCUACACGGCCUACUUGGUCAGUGUCCUGGCCUUCAAUGCCGCGGGUGAUGGGCCGCGCAGUGCUCCCAUCAAGGGCAGGACCCAGCAAGCAGCCCCCAGCUCUCCGGGCUUCAUCAAAUUCAGUGAACUCACCACCACCUCUGUCAAUGUGUCAUGGGAUCCGCCUCUCUUCCCCAACGGCAUCCUUGAGGGCUACCGGCUUAUCUACGAACCCUGCAUGCCUGUGGAUGGGGUCAGCAAGAUUGUUACUGUUGAUGUGAAGGGAAACAGCCCUCUUUGGUUGAAGGUCAAAGACCUGGCAGAAGGUGUCACCUACCGGUUCCGGAUCAGAGCCAAGACCUUCACUUAUGGGCCAGAAGUAGAAGCCAACAUCACCACAGGACCAGGAGAAGGUGCUCCAGGUCCCCCAGGUGAGCCUUUUAUCUCCAGGUAUGGCUCAGCCAUCACCAUCCACUGGUCAAGCGGCGACCCAGGCAAAGGGCCUAUCACCAGAUAUGUCAUUGAGGCACGGCCUUCAGACGAGGGGCUCUGGGACAUUCUUAUAAAGGACAUCCCCAAGGAAGUGACCUCAUAUACCUUCAGCAUGGAUAUUUUGAAACAGGGUGUCAGCUAUGACUUCCGUGUCAUUGCUGUCAAUGACUAUGGCUAUGGGACACCCAGUGCUCCCUCCCCAUCAGUCUCAGCUCAAAAAGCAAACCCUUUCUAUGAGGAAUGGUGGUUCCUGGUGGUCAUCGCUUUGGUGGGGCUCAUCUUCAUCCUCCUGCUUGUCUUUGUCCUUAUCAUCCGUGGGCAAAGCAAGAAAUAUGCCAAGAAGUCAGAUUCAGGGAGCAACUCCAAAUCAAAUGCACUGGGCCACGGAGAGAUGGUCAGCCUGGAUGAGAGCAGCUUUCCCGCUCUGGAGUUAAAUAACCGGCGCCUGUCAGUGAAGAACUCCUUCUGCCGGAAGAAUGGCAUCUACACAAGCUCUUCCGUGUCUCUCCCGAGGUCCCCACCGCGGCCGAGCCCGGGCUCCCUACACUAUUCAGACGAGGAUGUCACCAAGUAUAAUGACCUCAUCCCAGCUGAGAGCAGCAGCCUCACUGAGAAGCCUUCAGAGAUCUCUGACUCACAGGGAAGCGACAGUGAAUAUGAAGUGGAUCAGAGCCAGCAGAAAGCUCACUCCUUUGUCAACCAUUACAUCAGUGACCCUACUUACUACAAUUCAUGGCGGCGUCAACAGAAGGGCAUCUCCAGGGCUCAGGCUUACAGUUACACGGAGAGCGACUCUGGCGACCCCGACCACUGCCCAGUGUCCAACAGCACCAGCACUCAACAAGGCAGCCUCUUCCGACCCAAAACUAGUAGGACUCCAACACCACAAACUCCAGUCAACCCUCCAAGCCAGCAGAGCACCCUUUACCGACCCCCCAGUAGCCUUGCCCCUGGCUCCAGAGCCCCUAUCGCUGGAUUUUCUUCUUUUGUUUGACAUUUUUA